AUGGUCCCAUACAAUGAACCAAUUUAUGGCUUUUCUGAGGAAAAAGUUUCCACCCAUGGCUACAUUGACCUCCAUACCGUCUUUCGUGACGGAGCCCAAACCAAGACCAUUCCUAUUCGCUUCCUCAUCGUCGACGCACCUACAUCUUAUAAUGUCCUCCUCGGCCGCCCCUCGCUCAACACCCUUGGCGCUGUCGUCUCCACCCCUCAUCUGGCCAUGAAAGACCAUCCCCUAGAGCUCCCAAAUGGCCACUUCAUCAAACUUGGCCCCGGUCUAGAAUCUGAAGAGCGUGACAUCAUCACACCCAUCCUAGUCGGCAACACGGACCUCUUUGCUUGGUCAGCUGCCGACUUGCCUGGAGUUGACCCUCAAGUAGCAUCUCUCAAGUUAUCUAUCUACAAACUCGGCGAGGAGCGAUGCCUAGCAGCCAAGGCUGAGGCUGAUAAAUUACUGAGCACAGGGUUCAUCGAAGAAGCUCACUAUACCACUUGGCUCUCUAACGUGGUCCUGGUUAAGAAAGCCAACGACAAAUGGCAGAUGUGUGUUGAUUACACGAAUCUUAAUAAAGCUUGUCCCAGAGAUGCCUAUCCCUUACCCAAUAUUGACCGACUUGUUGACGGCAUGGCCGGUAACAAGGUCCUCAGCUUUCUUGAUGCAUACUCCGGUUACAAUCACAUCCCCAUGGCCACAUCCGACAUGAACAAAACUGCUUUCAUCAUAGAUGACAGUAUCAACAGUCUUCUCCGCAUUACGACAAUACAACCUUCACCUCAACCCCGACAAGUGCAUAUUUAG